CGCAGUCAGUCAGAGCGGCUCGGCUUCUGCGGUGCUGCUGCUCGAGAUGAAGACCUGAGAAUAAACUAGUUUCUUAUUUUUAAUAGUUUUUACGGGAAUUUCGGGACAUAAUUGUUCUCGUCUACACAAAGGAGUGAUAUUGUUAUCACAGGAGGGAGAAAUAGGAUACUUGGCGAGGACACAUUGACAGACCGGCUGGUAUAAGGUGUAUUUGUCAACAACUGUAACCAUGGGGAGCCGGGGACACUACCGGUACCACUGGCAGAGCCACAAUGUCAAGCAUGCCGGCGUGGAUGACAUGGUGCUUCUCACUAAAAUCAAUGAGGACGCCAUUGUGGAAAACCUGAAGAAGAGAUAUAUGGACGACUACAUUUUUACAUACAUCGGGCCAGUGCUCAUCUCUGUUAACCCUUUUAAACAAAUGCCUUACUUUGGGGACAAAGAGGUGGAGAUGUACCAAGGAGCAGCUCAGUAUGAAAACCCUCCCCAUAUCUAUGCACUGGCUGAUAACAUGUACAGAAACAUGAUGAUCGACCGUGAAAACCAGUGCGUCAUUAUCAGUGGUGAGAGCGGUGCUGGCAAAACAGUCGCAGCCAAAUACAUCAUGAGCUACAUCUCAAGGGUAUCAGGAGGAGGACCAAGAGUACAGCAUGUGAAAGACAUCAUCCUGCAGUCCAACCCUCUGUUGGAAGCAUUCGGAAACGCCAAGACACUUAGGAACAACAACUCCAGUCGAUUUGGGAAGUACUUUGAAAUUCAGUUCAGCUCCGGCGGUGAACCAGAUGGUGGGAAAAUUUCCAACUUCUUGCUGGAAAAAUCUCGUGUUGUCACAAGAAACCCAGGAGAGAGAAGCUUCCACAUCUUCUACCAGUUGAUAGAGGGGGCUACUGCAGAUCAGAGAAGCACUUUGGGAAUCACUAAGCUGGAUUACUACAGCUACCUCAACCAGUCCGGAUCCUACAAGGUGGAUGACAUCAAUGACAAAAGUGAUUUUAAGGAAACACUGCAUGCUAUGAAUGUGAUCGGCAUCUCAGGUGAGAACCACAACAUGGUCCUGCAGAUCGUCGCUGGAAUUCUUCACGUGGGGAACAUCAGCUUUAAAGAAGCUGGAAAUUACGCAGCGGUGGAGAGCGAGGAGUUCCUGGCAUUUCCUGCCUUCCUGCUGGGCAUCGUUCAGGACCGGCUGAAAGAGAAACUGACCAGUCGAAAGAUGGACAGCAAAUGGGGAGGCAAGUCAGAGUCGAUAGACGUGACCCUGAACGUGGAACAGGCGUGUUUCACACGUGAUGCUCUUUCCAAAGCUCUGCAUGCUCGUGUGUUUGACUUCCUGGUAGAGUCAAUAAAUAAAGCCAUGGUAAAAGAUCAUCGGGAUCAGAGCAUCGGAGUUCUGGACAUCUAUGGAUUUGAGAUUUUCCAGAAAAACGGAUUUGAGCAGUUCUGCAUCAACUUUGUGAACGAGAAACUGCAGCAAAUCUUCAUCGAGCUCACACUGAAAGCAGAACAGGAAGAGUAUGUGCAGGAAGGAAUUCGGUGGACUCCCAUCGAGUAUUUCAACAACAAGAUUGUUUGUGACCUCAUUGAGAGUAAAAAUCCUCCAGGCAUCAUGUGCAUCCUGGACGACGUGUGUGCUACCAUGCAUGCAAAAGGCGAAGGUGCAGACCAGACCAUGCUGCAGAAACUGCGCAUGCAGAUCAACAGCCAUGAGCACUUUAACAGCUGGAACCAGGGCUUUAUUAUCCAUCACUAUGCAGGAAAGGUCUCCUAUGAUGCCGACGGAUUUUGUGAGCGGAACAGAGACGUCCUGUUCACAGACUUGAUAGAGUUGAUGCAAAGCAGUGAAAUACCAUUCAUCCGGGCCCUGUUUCCAGAAAAUCUCAACGCUGAGAAGAAAGGUCGACCCACCACAUCGGGCAGUAAAAUCAAGAAACAAGCCAACGAUCUGGUGAGCACACUGAUGAAGUGCACGCCACACUACAUCCGCUGUAUCAAACCCAACGAGACCAAAAAACCCAAAGACUGGGAGGAGAGCAGGGUAAAGCACCAGGUGGAGUAUCUGGGUCUAAAAGAGAAUAUCAGAGUAAGGCGUGCGGGCUACGCUUACCGGAGAGUUUUCCGCAAGUUCCUCAACAGGUACGCCAUCUUGACAAGGGAGUCAUGGCCAACGUGGCAAGGUGACGAGAAGCAGGGUGUGAUGCACCUCCUGCGCUCGGUCAACAUGGACCAGGACCAGUACCAGCUGGGACGCACCAAGAUCUUUGUCAAAGCACCGGAGUCGCUGUUCCUCCUGGAGGAGACGAGGGAGCGCAAGUUUGACGGCUAUGCCAGGGCCAUUCAGAAAGCCUGGCGUCAGUACCGUGCCCGCAAGAGAUAUGUUCAGAUGAGAGAGGAGGCCUCUGACCUGCUGCUGAACAGGAAGGAGAGGAGGAGGCACAGCAUAAACAGGAACUUUGUGGGAGAUUACCUCGGCAUGGACGACCGGCCCGAGCUCAGGCAGUUCCUGGCCAAGAGAGAAAAGAUCGACUUCGCAGACAAAGUCACCAAAUAUGACAGACGAUUCAAGGGCAUCAAGCGAGACCUGAUCCUGACGCCUAAGAGUGUGUAUGUAAUCGGGAAAGAAAAGGUGAAGCAGGGCCCAGAGAAAGGCCAGAUAAAGGAGGUUCUCAAGCGGAAAAUUGAUGUGGAAAAGAUCAUGGCUGUUUCUCUUAGCUCUCUACAGGACGACUUUCUGAUCCUGCACGAGCAGGAGUACGACAGCCUGCUGGAUUGUGUGUUUAAAACAGAGUUCAUCAGCUUGCUUUCGCGCAGGUUUGAGGAAAAAACCCAGAGGAAACUGCCCCUCAAAUUUGGAAACACGAUGGAGAUGAAGCUGAAGAAGGAGAACUUCGGACCAUGGAGCGCCGGUGGCUCUCGGCAGGUGCAGUUCAUCCAGGGACAGGGAGAUGUAGCCGUCCUGAAACCCUCCAACAAGGUGCUGCAGGUCAGCAUUGGCCCAGGUCUACCCAAGAACUCGCGUCCCACUAAGAAAGCUUUCACCCAGAUCGUCUCCAGUGUGUCAAGAACGCACCAGAACAUCCCAAUGCGGGUCGCUCCCGGCCCCCCAGUGGGUCAUCAGAACGGCGGCCUGAAAAAUCUGAGAAACGCACAGCAACAGAGGCCAGCAUCAGGUAACCAAACCCGCCCGUACCUCCCCGUCACUGCUAAUCAGCUGAGGGACAAAAGCAGCAGGCAGGCCGCCCAGCAGCCCAACCUGGACUGCCUCAGAGUGCCUGACCAGGGAGCCGCUGGAAACCAGCGGACAUCUGCAAAUGGAGGAAUGGCUCACAGGCAUUCGGCUAACAGGCCCCCUCCAGGGGGUGGGCGACCAAAACCAGCUACCAAACCCAAGCCUCAUGUGCCUCAGUGUAGAGCUCUGUACGCCUACGACGCCCAGGACACAGACGAGCUCAGCUUCAACGCCGAUGACAUCAUCGAGAUCCUCUUGGAAGACGCCUCAGGCUGGUGGACGGGACGAUUGAGAGGCAAACAGGGACUUUUCCCCAACAACUAUGUCACCAAGAUCUAAAUCAAUCCACAGACGCCAAGCGGAGAAUUUCACGUACCUCAGAGACUCCUAACUCAGUGGAAACGAAUGAACAAGAUAAGAGCGAGAGGGAGACGAGGAGAAGAAACCAGCGAUGUGGAGAUUUCACUGUAACUACUACACACUGUAGCCGUAUUACAGUGAGGUCUGCGGCCGUGUCCUUCAGUGUGGAAGAGUACAGGGUGCCAGGCAGCACACUUCUCUCCAGGGCUGAACGUUACACAGUCCCUGUGAGCACUGAUCAAAACUAUUUAUUAUAUUUAUAUAGGUUAAACCAUUUUGUUUCCUCUCCUUCGGGUCAGCCAUAUUUAAAGUGAUCUGGUUUCAUUUAAAUACACAAAACAACAAACGUUGUUGAACCUGGAAUCUUUUUAUCGUUAAAAAUUGAAGAAUUUUCUUGUGUAAAUGAAGGUGAUUUUUUUUAAACGCGUCAUGGUUCGUAAUAACUAUCUGUUCCAAUCUUCGGUGUAUAAAGGGAAUAAUUUGCUGCUAAUGCCAGGUUUAUUUUAAUGAUUUGCCUGAUUUUUAAAGCAUUAAGAAGUCAAAGAAACCCUGAACCACAGGAAGCACAUCCAUUACUGCACGUGGUUACAAAGCACUUUAUUUGUAUGAAACCAUACUGGCCGUACUGGCCACUUCCAGCCACCCCAGGAUAUUGAUAGAUAGAUAAAUGUAUGAUGGUUUGCCAAAGAUACACUAUUUGUUACAGGGACCUGUCUUACAGAAUCAACAUGUUUACAUUAAACUUUAAUCAUCUUUAUAUCUCGUAUGACUUAAUAAUACGACUCAUGGACCCAUUGUGCUGUGUAUUGUGCUUCCAUUUCCAAAUUGGCAUUUUUUCUAUAAUUGUACAAUAGAUGUUAGGUUGUGUUUAGAUGCAAACCGGACUAAUUCCAAUCCUGACAGUAUGCAAUGAAUGGGUCAGGUCAUAGACAGUGACCCACAGUGAGCUCAUUCUCAUUCCAGUAAAUUAUUCAUCAUCUCAUGGAUCAUAUGUGUGUUAUUUGUAAUGUACAGUACUUUUAGCUCUAAUUGUGCAAUAUCUGGUACUAGGUGAAUAUUUGGCAGUUUAAAUAAACCGUUUUACAAAUGAUACAAA